GCACAGCGCCAGGUAGCACUCGCAAGCGGCCAACUUCCUAUCGGCUUUCUUGCUCGCGCUGCUUCUUUUCCGCUAACGGUGCCUCAAAACGCAACAUGGGUUUCCAGAAUAUUUGGUAUUCUCACCCCCGUAAAUACGGCCAAGGAUCGAGAUCUUGCCGAGCGUGCGCCAACAAGCACGGUCUUAUCCGAAAAUACGGUCUGAACAUUUGCCGUCAGUGCUUCAGGGAGUACGCUGCCGACAUUGGCUUCAAGAAGCUGGACUGAAACACCAAACCUCAAACGCUGGGCUGAUUCGUAUGAUAAACAAGCUUUCAUUUGAAUAUGAAGUAUAUAAACAUA